AUGGGAGGUGGAAAGGACAAGCACGACGAAUCUGAUAAGGGGCUUUUUUCUCAUCUUGGGGGCCAUUAUGGAUACCCAGGUAGUCAAUACCCCCCAGCUGCCCCUGGAGGCUACCCUCCACAAGGGUACCCCCCAUCAGGUUAUCCUCCACAACAAGGAUACCCUCCAUCAGGUUAUCCUCCACAACAAGGAUACCCGCCAGCUGGCUACCCACCAGCUGGCUACCCACCUGCCGGAUAUCCACAUGGACCACAUCCAGGUGGUUCCGGCAUUGGAGGACUGUUAGCGGGAGGUGCUGCAGCUGCUGCUGCCGCUUAUGGUGCUUCACAUUUGAUGCAUGGCGGUGCCCAUGGCAUGGGUCAUUAUGGUCAUGGCCCCAUGCAUGGCAUGGGUCAUUAUGGUCAUGGCAAGAUUAAGCAUGGGAAGUUCAAGCAUGGAAAGUUUGGCAAGCAUGGCAAGCACAAGAGAGGCAAGCACGGAUUCGGGAUGCAUGGUGGCAAAUUCAAGAAGUGGAAGUGA